AUGGAUGUAACCCCUUUAUCACUUGGCAUAGAAACACUUGGAGGAGUUACUUCAGUCUUAAUCCCACGAAAUACCCCAAUUCCAACCACAAAGGAGAAAGAUAACUUUAGUACGACUGCUGAUAACCAAACUGGUGUCCUCAUCCAAAUCUUUGAAGGGGAAAGAACGAUGACCAAGGAUAACAAUUUGCUCGGCAAGUUUGAUCUUAAUGGAAUUAUUCCUGCUCCCAGAGGUGUUCCAAAGAUUAAUGUGUGCUUUGAUAUAGAUGUCAAUGGAAUCUUGAAUGUCUCUGCUGAAGAGAAGACAUCGGGGCAGAAGAACAAGAUCACCAUUACUAAUGAUAAGGGAAGGCUGAGCAAAGAGGAGAUUGAGAAGAUGGUUCUCGUGGCUGAAAGGUUUAAGGCAGAAGAUGAAGCGAACAAGAGAAGAGUUGAGGCCAGGAAUGCACUGGAGACCUACACGUACCUUUUGAGGAACAAAAUGGGGGAUGACAAGGUUUCAUCCAAGAUGGGCUUUGCUGAUAAGAGAAGGAUCAAUAACGCAAUUGAGCGAGCGAUCAAGUGGCUCGAGGAUAAUCAGUUGGCUCAUACCGAGGAGUUUGAGUGUAAGAAGAAGGAACUUGAGGAGAUAUCAAACCCUAUCUUUGUGAAGAUGUAUAGGGGGUGA